GUUCUCUCCUCAACUUUUCGCUUUCAAAAAAAAAACAAAAACAAAAACAAAAAGCUACACCUUGUUUAUAUCCUACAGCACACCAUUUGAAUGAGUCGACCAAGAUUCUUUACUACCACCAAGAAAGGUGAAAACUACGAACUAAAAUCGGAGCUCAAUAGUGAGUAUCGCCAUAUAAGAAAAGAUGCUGUGAAAAAGGUCAUUGCAAACAUGACAGUUGGCAAGGACGUCAGCGGCCUGUUUCCGGAUGUUCUCAAGAACAUGCAGACAGAGGAUCUCGAGUUGAAGAAACUGGUCUACCUUUAUCUGAUGAACUAUGCAAAGACUCAACCAGAACUCGUAAUUCUUGCCGUGAAUACAUUUGUCAAAGACACAGAUGAUCCGAAUCCUCUUAUUAGAGCUCUUGCUAUUCGUACCAUGGGAUGCUUGCGAGUGGAUAAAAUCAUUGAUUAUCUUACGGAGCCUUUGCGCAAAUGUUUAAAGGAUGAAAACCCCUAUGUUCGUAAAACAGCCGCAGUGUGUGUGGCAAAGGUGUAUGAACUCAAUCCAGAACUGACAAUCGAGCAAGAUUUUGUUAACAUGGUCAAAGAGCUUGUUUCGGACAUAAAUCCUAUGGUAGUAGCCAAUGCCGUGGUAGCAUUGUCAGAUAUCCAGGAAGCAUCUCCCGAAAGCGAAGUGUUUAUUAUCAACAGUACGACCCUAAACAAGUUGCUACAUGCACUAAACGAGUGCACUGAGUGGGGCCAGAUUGCUAUCUUAACAGCUUUGGCUGACUACAAGGUAUCUGGAGGUAAAGAGGCAGAAGGUAUCUGCGAACGUGUUCUUCCUCGCCUGCAACAUGCCAACGGAGCAGUUGUUUUGGCUGCCAUCAAGGUUCUGAUGAUUAAUAUGCGCCAUGUCAAAGACGAUGUCCUUAUAAAGGGAUUCUGCAGAAAGAUGGCACCUCCUCUUGUAACCUUGUUGUCAAGCCCACCCGAGGUUCAGUACAUUGCACUGCGUAAUAUCAAUCUUAUUUUACAAAGACGCCCUGAGGUUCUGAGCAACGAAAUGCGGGUCUUUUUUUGCAAGUACAAUGAUCCACCUUAUGUCAAGCUCGAGAAAUUAGAAAUCUUGAUUCGCCUGUGCAACGAUCGCAAUGUGGAUCAACUUUUAAGUGAAUUGAAAGAGUAUGCCAAUGAAGUUGAUGUUGAUUUCGUGAGACGAUCAAUCAGUGCUAUUGGUCGUUGUGCUAUCAAAAUUGAAGAGGCUGCAGAGCGUUGCAUUAACGUACUUUUAGAUCUGAUCAACACUGGCGUGAGCUAUGUUGUGCAAGAGGCCAUUGUUGAUAUUUUCCGCAAAUAUCCUCACCGUUAUGAAGGCAUUAUUCCUACUUUGUGCGAGAAUCUGGAUGCUCUUGAUGAACCGGAAGCAAAGGCAUCAUUGACAUGGAUUAUCGGAGAGUAUGCCGAAAGGAUCGAUAAUGCCGAUGAUUUGAUAAAUACCUUUUUGGAGAACUUCAAGGAAGAGAAUGCGCAGGUUCAGCUUCAGUUAUUGACAGCCACCGUCAAGCUCUUCUUGAAAAAGCCUUCUGAAAACCAGGAUCUUGUCCAACGUGUUCUUCAGACUGCGACAACAGAAUGUGAUAAUGCAGAUAUUCGUGACAGAGCAUAUGUGUACUGGCGCUUGUUAUCUACAGACCCUCAGGCUGCAAAGGCCGUGGUCUUGUCAGAAAAACCACCUAUCGCAGGUGAAAAUUCAGGCUUGUCUCCGGCUCUUUUAGACGAUCUUUUGUAUCACAUCGGUACACUUUCGUCAGUGUACCAUAAGCCACCAGAGACAUUCAUUGCUGGCAAGAAAUACGGUGCUGAUAAUGUGAACCGUGCCCAGGCAGAUCCUGGUGAUGAAGACGAUGUUACAGCUCCUCCUCCUAAUAUUCAAGCUGCUAUUAAGAACAACGACAUUGGCAAUUUGUUGGAUCUUGAUUGGGAUGAGCCCAGUAACGCCGCUGGCUCGCCUAUUGUUAACGAAAGUCCUCGUAAUCAAUUAGGAUCAUUGAAUGAUUUGUUGUCGAUUGGGAACAGUGGAGGGUCGCGACCACCUGUUGAACAGAAUAGCAGCAAUAUGUUGGAUAUGAUGGAUCUUUUCAAUUCUCCUGCACCUUCGAGUGGUUCUCAAGCUACCAGCUUUUCUAAUGAUUUAUUUGGAUCUGCGUCUACCCAACCUCAGCAACAACAACAAACAAACCAACCAAAAGACCCUUUUGCAGACCUUUUUUAAAAAUGACAAUAUAAUACCAAAAAUCAUAACAGAAAAUAUAUCUAUAAAAAAAUUGAACUCAAUUUUUGAUGCAUUUUAUCUAUUUAAAGGAUUAAUAUAAAUCAGCAGCAGAAU